GGGAUCUGUCUCCGCAUAUUGAAUGGGCCUGCAGAUCUUGGAGACCAUAUGCGGGGCUGCAUGUGCAGCUGGACAGGUUUGUUUGGUAAGACAACAUGGAAGCAUCUUGGAGAUGCAACAAAUAAAUAUAAAUAACAAUCAAAAACCAACAACAAGCAGCCUUUUUGCUUCUCGAAUUUGACUGCAGAUUUUCCCGGGUGACAAACCACGGAUUGAAUGAGAAGAGACAGUUAGCUUUAGAUUAUACUAGUUCUAAGGAUAGUCUAGAUCUAGACCACAACAGGUUAGAUGGAUAUCACCCUAGCUGCUACGGAUAUAUCGGGGCCGGAAGCCUCGGAAUCUUUGGUGAUUGGAGUGGAUGUCGGAGGCACCAAUACAGACUCGGUCCUCCUUGACCUCUCAAAGUCUGGCAGCGAUGCGGUGCUGGCGUCGCACAAGGCUGUGACCAGCAGCAACGUGGCACUUGGAGUCCAAGAGACCCUGCAAGCCCUCCUGGCAGCGGCUGAAGCAGCAAUACCUGCAUCCGAAGCUUCCGGCAGGUUCGAUAGUACCUUGUGCAAAGUCGCCGCUGUCGCCAUCGGCACCACACACUUCCUCAACGCCAUCAUCCAGCGGGAUGCGUCUAGAGUUGAAAAGGUCGCCGUCCUCCGGCUGGCAUCACACAACUUUUCAACCGGCACUCCCCCGUUCGCAGACUGGCCUAGGCCGCUGGAAAAAAUCAUCCAUGGCUACUCGGCCAUAAUACCGGGGGGAUGUAACAUUGACGGGACGCUGAUCGGACCCCUCGAUGAGCAUGAGGUGCGCAGGCAGGCCACUACCAUCAAAGCCGCGGGCCUCACGAACGUGGUCAUUGUAGGCAUCGGCUCUCCCAUGGACGAGAACCACCACCAGGAGAAGCGCGUGAAGGACAUCAUCAUCGAGGAGCUCGGCGAAGAAACCAACGUCGUCUGCUCCGCCGAUAUAGCAGGCAGCGGUCUGCUAGCCCGGGAGAACGCCAGCAUCCUCAACGCGGCCAUCCUCACCUUCGCCCGCCGCACCAUCCGCGCCUUCAUCGGCGCCAUGGCCCGCGUCGGCCUCAGCUGCCCGCUGUACCUGACCUCCAACGCGGGCCACCUGCUCCCCUUCUCUGAGGCCAUGAGGGCACCCAUCCGUAUAUUCUCCUCCGGAGCGACCAACUCCAUCCGCGGCGCCGCGUUCCUCGCCGGCACCGAGGCUAUCGACCGCGCGGGGAGCGUCGUCGUCGACAUUGGCGGCACCACCACCGACGUCGGCUACCUCCUCCGGAACGGCUACCCGCGCCUGGCAAAGAGCUACAGCGACCUCGCCGGCGUCAAGGUCAACCUCGAGAUGGCGUCGGUCGAGAGCCUCGGCCUAGGCGGCGGCUCUUUAGUCCACGUCGACCAGACUUCAGUCUCGGUUGGACCGCAGAGCGUCGGCCAUGACCUUAUGACCAUGGCACUAUGCUUCGGGGGCAACCAAACCACCGCGACGGAUAUAGCAGUGGCCGCAGGAGCCAGGAUCGAAGCUAAAGGUUUGCGGGAUGUUAACCUCAGCCAGAACGUCGUGACUGCUGCCCAGGCGCGCAUCAAAAAGAUGAUCGAAACAACCAUCGACCGCGCCAAAUCCUCGCCGGACCCUUGCACCGUCAUACUCGUCGGCGGCGGCUCGAUACUGUGUCCGCGCGAGCUCCAAGGCGUGCGCAACGUCCUGAUCCCACCCCAUGCGGCAGUGGCUAACGCCAUCGGCGCCGCAACCGCCAACGUUCACGGUGCCGCCGAGACCAUCAUCCACAGCGCGGAUGUAGAGUCUGGCAUAGCGGCAGUGAGCAAGAAGGCGGUAGAGAACGCGAUCGCCAAGGGCGGCGAUGCGCGGGGGCCGGUUACGGUCCUGCACGAGGAGGUCGCCGGCGUGCCGUACGUCGAGGGCCAGACCGUUAUCAAGAUCGAGGUUGCGCUCCCCGCCGACCAUGCGCGGGUCUACGCCGAGAUGCUUCGGACGCCUCCCGAGAAGUGUGAAAAGGCUGUGGACGAGGAGGCGAGCGGCCCCGCUCUGGCCAGGACGGGCGAUAUCGAAGAUGAUAGACAGGUCGAUGCGGAAGAGGCACUUACAGACCCCGGCAGUUACAGGCCUGAAAUAACGCCAGAUGGACAGUGGAAGGUGUCGGAAACGGAUAUACACUUCUUGGCCAUCGGCUGCUACAUCCUCGGCUGCGGAGGCGGCGGGUCGACUUAUACGCACCACCUCGAACUUCGGCAGCUCCUCCACGAGGGGCACGACGUCAGAAUUGUGCAGACUACGAGCCUGGGCAACGACGACCUGCUCGUCCCCGUCGCGGGAGUUGGCACACCAGCGGUGGGGAUCGAGCGCCCCGGAGGCGACGGGGUUUACCACGCCAUGCAGGAAAUGGAGAGGCUGACGGGCGGGCGCUUCAGCAAGCUGCUGGCGACGGAGAUUGGUGGCGCCAACGGCGUGGGGACGCUUCUCUGGGGGAGCUCAAAGUACUACAACAUACCUACCGUGGAUGGAGAUCUAAUGGGACGUGCAUACCCCAACUUCGAGAUGGUAUCGCAGUACGUGAUGGGCAAUUCGAUAGACGAGCUAUUGCCCGUCACACUCUGCAGCGGCACAGGUCACAAUGUGGUUAUACCACGCGGGCAGCCAGACGUGGCCACAGCGAGCGCGGCGAUCAGGGAUAAGUUGAUAGCCAUGGGAUCCGCCGGCGGAGCAGCUGGGAAUCCCAUCACAGGGGCUGAGAUGAAGCACUUUGGCAUACCCAACACCUUUUCCCUGGCGUGGCGACUCGGCCGGGCCGUGGUGGCGGCCAAGUCCCGACAGCGCGGCGCAUGGUCCUUUGCCGACGUUGCGCGGUCCAUCAUCGCCGAGUGCGGCGGACCGAGGUGUUGCCGGGUGCUCUUCAAGGGGAAAAUGCGCGGGGUGGAGAGCCGCAUCACGACGACGGCGCACAGCAUCGGUCAGGUCACCAUCGAAAGGGUCGACGAAGAGGACGAUGAUGAUGGGCUAUAUGAUGGCGGAGAUGCGGGUUCGGUCACAGAGGUCAAGGUGCCUUUUAUGAAUGAGAAUCUCAGCGUCGUUGGGAGAAAGACCGAUGGUACCGAGAAGGUCCUUGCCAUGGUCCCGGACCUCAUCAUGAUCCUCGACAUCUCUACCGGCGAGAACGUGGGCGUCCAGGAUUACAGGUACGGUCUCAAGGUAGCAGUCAUGGUCAUGGCUCCGCACCCAGUCUGGACCACGAAGCGAGGCCUCGAGAUCGGAGGACCCAAAGCCUUUGGCCUCCCUUACGAAUACGUCCCGACGCUCGAGUACAGCAAGCCCCGGAGCGUGAUUGACGAGUUCCAGAGACCAUGUGCCGCCACUGCUCCAUGAUUAGGGGUCAUGUGAGCUGUAUCCUGAAAGGAGCAUUGGAAAACGUGGGGAUAUGGAGAAAGAUAGAGGCGAGGUGUGGGGGGGCGUAUUUGCGCCUGACGACUGGGGCGACAGAAAAUAGGAAGAAAAAAAAAAAAUAAGGCCUUUGGGGCUGCCUCGCAUCCGCUUUUUCAAUAGUGUGCCGCACUACUCGGGCGUUCGAUGCAGUUGCCACGCAGGUUUUUUUUUUUUUUUUUUUUUUUUUUUUUUUUUUUUUUUUUUUUUUUU